AUGCCUCUUAAGACUAAUAAAAUUGCGUCGCCUGGUGCGUUAUCAAGUGGUUUUGCUCUUCCUUCACCAAGUUUGCAAGCUGAAGAAGGAUUUAGAUAUAAAUCGAGUGGAUCAUCCACAUAUAACACUGAGAAGCAGUCGUUAGGAAAUAAUGAGAAGUAUCCACCCAAUCCACUACAAUCGCCAACCAACAUUCAGCCAUACGUUGGUUUGCAUGGUAGACUAUCUCUCGCUUGGAUCACAUAUCCGAUAAUAGCAUUGCUAUUUAUAACUCUUCGUCUCAUCAUAGCAAUGAGCUCCAUACAACCUUUAGUUGAUGAAGUCAAAGAAAAAGCGCUUAAAUCAUGUAAUUCUCUUGAACUUGCAACUUCAACCCUAAUAUCAUUACCACACUUCAUGGCUGAUGGAUUUAACCGUGCAACAGUUGACAGUGUCAAUCUUUCAAUCAAAGGGGCUUCAAAAGCAUUGGAUUUUGGAAUUCUUGCUCUCGAAGGUAUUAUUGUUUGGAUGAUUCAUUUCUAUAAAAGUACCUUUAAGUGCCUAUUAGAAUUAGCUAUAAAUGGUUCAAUAAGCUCAGUUGCCGAAGCUGUAAAAGUUUUACAAGCAUUUUCUACCACACAACUUACAAACAUAAAAACCGGAAUCGAUAAGGAUAUUUCUUCCGUAAAUGCAGCUCUUAACUCA